AUGGAAAAUGGAAUAAUUAAGUUUGAAAUGUUUGAUCUUUAUGAAAUGGAUGCUGAAAUACAUUUAGAUGCAAAGGGACUUGGUGAUACUAUUAAAGAAAACAACACUGCAACAAGCCAAGAUAAGGCUAAAGCUAUGAUAUUCCUUCGCCAUCACCUUCAUGAAAGUCUUAUGACUGAGUACUUGACUGUUAAAGACCCACAAGUCCUUUGGAGUAAUCUAAAGGAAAGGUAUGACCACCAGAAAACUGUGAUAUUACCAAAAGCUCGUUAUGACUGGUUACAUUUAAGAUUACAAGACUUUAAGUCUAUGAGUGAAUACAACUCAGCCAUGUUUAGAAUUACAUCACAAUUGAAAUUAUGUCGAGAGAAAAUCACGGAUGCAGAAAUGUUAGGAAAAACAUACUCUACUUUUCAUGCAAACAAUGUUGUCCUUCAGACACCAUACCGUGAAAAGGGUUUUACAAAAUAUUCUGAUUUGAUAUCUUGUCUCCUUGUGGCUGAGCAAAAUAAUAAACUAUUAAUGAAAAAUCAUGAAUCACGCCCAACUGGCUCUACUCCAUUCCCUAAAGCGAAUGCGACAUCCCAUAGUGGGAAAGAGAAAAAGGCUAGAGAUCACGCCAGCAGUCGUGGUCGCGGACGUGGACAUGAUCGUAGUCGAGGUGGUCAUUUUAGGAACUCAUACUCUCACCAGAAGUGGGACAAUAAAGAUGGAAAUAAGAAGGAGAAGGAUAAAUAUGAAAAUAUAUGCUACCGUUGUGGAGGAAAAGGCCAUUGGUCUCGUGUGUGUCGUACACAAAAACAUCUAGUAGACCUUUAUCAACAAUCAAUCAAACAAAAAGGAAAGAAAAUGGAAACAAAUUUGGUGUACGAGAAUGGCGAAGGUGAUUUUGAUUAUGGUAAUACAACUCACUUCGAAGCGGCUGAUUUCUUUCCUAAUCCUGAAGAAAAUAAUUGA